CCUUCCUCGGCCUCGCUGGGCUUCUUGGGGUUAGCCAGCGGGGUCGUCUCUAUGGCGACCGCCAAGAUGGCGGCGGGGCGUCUUUCCCGCCGCCUCAGAGGCCCGGCUUAGCAGCGGCAACAACAGCCCUUCUCUCUGGCGAUGCUGCUCGCUUGGCUCCUCUGGGGGCUCUGCUUGGCUCGGGCCCAAGAUGGGCACCUCGGCUUUCGGCCUGCUUUUAUCCACAUGUCCGGAACUAGCGUCACCUCUUCUUUGGCCGGUGUUCCAGCAGAUGCUUUCUCUAUUGCUACAGGAGACAGCGAAACAGGAAUGUUGCCCCUUGCCGACUGUAGUGGAAGAAACAGAACUGGUGACUGGAUUCUAAAUGUCACCUAUCAAGGAAAUGUUUCCAGGGUGACAGUGCGCUUGACCAGAAAUCUGCAACUGUGCACCUCAAACCUCACUAACUGCUGCAUGGAACCGCUUUGCUUGGUUGAAGCACUGCAGGUCUCAGCUUGUCGGCAGUCAGUGGUAGUGGCCCGUUUAUUAAUCCAAGCUGAAAUAUAUGCCAAUACAUCCUCAGCAAAUGUGUCAGGAAAAGCAGAAGAGAAUGCCACAGUGAUCCCCAAUCAAGUGUUUCAGCCUUUGGGUUCUUGUCCCUGCAAUCUCACCGCAGGAGCCUGUGAUAUCCGUUGCUGCUGUGAUCUGGAAUGCACCUCAGAGAUGAAGCAGCUGUUCAGUGGGUCAUGUUAUAAAGGCCCAUUUGGUGGGGAUGUCAAUCCACCUUUUGAUCAGCUGUGUUCUGCCCAGACUGGAAAGGCCCCUGACUGGUUUCCCUUCUUAUGUGUGCAGUCUUCUCUUAACAAUACGCCUUUCCUUGGUUAUUUCUUUCAUGGAUCUAUUUCCUCUUCAUACCAAGUCUCUUCAUUUAAGAUUCCAUUCCAAACGGUCCAAGGAAAACUUUCCAGUGGUUACAAACAAGGAGAUCCAAUUCUGACUAUACACAAUAUGUAUUUUACAGUUCCUCAGCUGUUCAUAGCUGGGCAGUGUGCAAGAAAUAGCCCUGUUGCGUUCCUUCAGAAUUUUGAAGCUGAAUGUCUCGCUGCUUGCAAUGAAGGGCAGAGCCUACUGACUGACAUACUAAUUAAUAGUGGUACUGGAGACACCAUCAAACUACAGGUGACCCACGAGAAGAAAACAAAUAAUGUAGAUAGCUGUACUGGGAGAGAAUGCAGAAAUGUGACAUAUGCAGAGGAUUACCAGAUCGUCUGGGAAGGCAAGAGAAUAAUUGAAAUGAAAGUCAAAGUCCUCUUUGGGGACAUAUGUCCAGAAGAGGUACUGACACAGAAAUUCACAGUCAACUUUGUGAGUGUAAAUGCUACUAGCACAGAAGAAUUUUCUGGGAACCCAGGUUAUCAAGUUGGGAAACCAGUUAGAGCAGCGCAGCUGAAUUCUUCGGAUGCUGUUACUACGUUAAAUCUUUGGAAGCCUGAUGGGCGCAGUUUGUGUACGGCGACAAGUCUUACACCACUUUUAUUUGGAUUCAAUUCUGUUUCUGGAUGCCUUGUAGAGAUUGACGUUGGAGACAGCUGCACCCAGUUGAGGGAGAAAGUUGUUGAAAGAUUUAGUUCUUUAGUGCAAGCUAACUAUGUUGGAAAGAGAGGCAACUCCAAUGCCAGUGUUCCAGAUGACUGGGUGGAAAUUAUCCGUUUAAAUACACUUGGCCCCAGUACGAAUGAAAGUGUUCAGAAUUUAAAGGGAAUCUGCCCGGAUAUUCCUGGCUACUUGAACAUUCAGAUUAUUACUGCAGAUGUGGGUGCAAUAGAAGGGAUUGCACAAGAAGAGAUACUUGGUGUACAAAUCAGUUUUUCAAUGAUAACGUGGCAAAUUCAAUGUCCAGUUAUCUGUGAAGCUAAAGCCAGUUUUCUUCCAAUCACUGUGGCAGUCCAGUUCAUUAAAAUACCAGCUCAGCCCCCUGUUCCAUUGACAAGGUUUCAGAUUAACUACACAGAAUAUGACUGCAGGAGAAAUGAUGUCUGCUGGCCAGAGCUUUUUUAUCCCUUGACAACCUACUACACUGGAGAACCGUACUCCCGCUCUCUUGCCAAAGGAUUGAUGCUGAUAUUUUUUGCUCUGAUCGGGGUGGUGCUGAGCGAUCCUUGGAGGCGAGUCUACAACGCAUGGAACGCACCUUGAGUUCUCCGCUCGCCCAGGGCCGCUUGGACAGUGCUUUCCUACACUUUUAAUAAGUGGUACUUUUUAAAAAGACAUUCAGAAAGAGAACUUUUUUUGUGUGUGUAUUUGAAUGUAUAUUUUUCUAAGGGUCAAGCAGGUAAAAUAAAAGCAUCAUGUUGUUAC